AUUUUGAUGGAAUUAAAAAGUCAAUGCAGAUACAGCGACACUAGCGCCGCAUGCAUCAGACUUGAGCGAUGGCGAGGAGUUCACCACGCCACUGAGCCUGUCCAGUUUUACACGACAUCUACGAUUGUUAGUGCCGCCGCGGCCUGCUGGAUUCAGGCGGCGAACAUGUAAACGCAAUUCACAAUAACACACAAAUACUGAGUGAACCACAAUGGGAAAUCAGUUUAAAAACGUCGCUGUCAUCGCCUGCCUGAAGACCUUCCUAUUCGUCUUUAACAUCAUAUUCUGGUUGACAGGACUAUUCCUCCUCACGGUGGGACUAUGGGCGGAGUUCGACCUGUACAAGUACAUGGAGCUAUCCCCUGAGUUCUCCGGGACGGCGCCACACGUCAUCAUCGGCAUCGCCGGCCUUAUCAUCCUCAUCAGCUCCAUCGCCUUCUCCUGUAUCAUCAAGGGACAACCGGUUCUACUUUAUAUUUAUGGCGGCUUCCUAGCGUGCAUCUUCAUGAUGGACGCGGGGGUGGGCGCGUCAGUGGCCUGCUACCGCGACACCUUCGCCAAGGGGCUCCACGACGGACUCACCAACACCCUCACCUCCUACAACCCGCAGAAAGCCAACUUCGACUUUGCGCAGUCUACGCUGCACUGCUGUGGGGUGUCUAACUACACGGACUGGAUGCGCCUGUCGCCGCAGCGCGUGAUCCCGAUCUCAUGCUGCCUCGACCCCAACCGCUGCGUCACCGCCAACUACAACGAUGUCUACCAGAGAGGCUGCUACGAAGUGAUCCUAGAAUAUCUAAACAACAAUAUGGAUCUGCUAAUCGGUAUUGCGGUGGGCACGGCGCUACUGCCCCUUGUGGGUACCGUCCUCUCCUGCUGUCUCGCCAGCUACAUCAAGAAAUCCAAAUACGACGUCAUGAACUGAACCAAACAAGGACAACAGUAUACAUAUAUCUCUCUUACUCUUAUAAGCUACAAGUCAAAGUCUCAAUGCACGAAUCUCAAUUUGGACUGAUUAUAUUGAAUUAGUGUAGAUGAAGAUGUUUACUGAUUAAAAAUUAUUAUUAAUAUUAAAAGGUCUUUGGCAAGUUUAAAAUCUUCCCAAAAUAUUUAUUACAAUUUACUUACUUACUGUAUUUUUUUGUGUAUAAAAGUUUAAAUGUUAAUAAAUUUGAAGCAACUGUA